UCAAUCUCGGCCGUAUCCAUACCGCAUACAGCCAUGGCACUUGGCUCGUCCACACACGGCCCCAGUCUCUACGACAAGCCACGCAUUAGACACAUUACUGGCAUCCGCAUCCACCAACUCACACUCCCGGAGUCCCUGUCCUAUGCUUCCAGGUUUGUACCGGAACAGGUCCCCGAAGGCUUCACUCUGGGGGAAUCAAGUAGGACGGUCGCUUCGCCUGAACCUGCGAGCACAAGACCCGAACCUCAGCGGUCACGUCAGAGCUCAGUCGGUCCCAAGACCAUCUCCAGAGAUCGCAGGUCCUCAGGCAGUAGCUCUUUCCGUGGCAGAUCAGACUCCCUUGCGUCCAGCAAAACUAUCCAACCUCCAUCGCCUAGGGUAGCGUCGGUGCCUCGCGCCCGUGGAACCAGACAUCGAGCGCCUACUUUGGCCGGAGAAGCGUUGGGCUUGGGAAAGGAUUUGGAAGGUGACCAUGACCUGUCCCCUCAUCUCCAUGGCUCUCUUAGCGAGCAGAUAGAGUUGACACGGAAAGAGAAAAGGAGACUUGCAAGGUGUUUUGUGGUGUUUCGGUUACCUCCAACUGCGUCUGAUACAAAGUCGUCAGAAUGCCGCCCGACCCAAAUUAGUGCAUCUCCGGAUCCUAAAAAAGCUAGCAGCGAUGAAAGCCUCCAUCAGUCCAAGCUGAGAGAACCAGGGAAAUGGCCGAUACCUGUAUCUGCAUCGUCAUCCGCCUUAUCAAAGUCAUCCCCGUCAUCUCCCACAAGCGUGACACCCACUGCUUCUCUCCCCGGAUCCAGCUCCAAACCUCGGAUUCGCACGCCGUCCCUAACUUCUCACAGUCCGUCCAAAAGGCCAUCGCCACCGUUGGCUUCUCCUAGAUCUUCGGGACUCGCCUCACUCUCCCCGAGAAGCUCCUCUCUGCGGGGUGAAUCUACUUCCAGUGCAUCACGCUCGUCCACGUCAAUCUACCGUCCUACAAAAAAAGGCACUAUAGGUUCCGAUGUAGCCACUUUGCCCCCUCCAAGACCUGCAUUCACACCUAUGAUUGUUCCAUUUUUCAUAUCACCUAUACAUUCACCCUCAAUAUUCCCCCGCUUUUGCGAUUUGGACCCGCAGUCCGACUUUGCGCCAUGGUUGACAUAUACUGAUUUGGCAAGUACACUAAUGGAGAUUCAAGUUUGGGUCGAAACUCCUGAUAUGGACGAUGACCAAAACGCAGGACCAAGAAAGUGGAAGCUUUUAGAAGGUGUAGGGGGUGUAGUCCAGUUGGAUCGCUUGACUAGGAAAACUGGCCAAGGCUCUCCGAAUAGCUUAGAGUUGACUUUUAGUUUCGACCCUCAAGGCGUCUACUGUAUCGCAUCGAGCGAAUCUAGUCAGGAGACCACAAGUGUACUUGCUGAAGAUCAGAAAUGGAAAGACUCGAAAUUGAAGAAAGGAGUUGGUGUGGGGAGCCUUCAUCAACUAGUCAACAUGCAUGCAGUUAUUACAGAUACUCAAAGGGACAUAGCUCAAGUCCAGAGCAACGUGAAUAAGCUUCUGGACGAGGAUGUGGACCAUCGGGCUUUGAAACGUGAGCUAUCAGAACGAGAAAACAGGAUAGCUUGGAUAAAAAGUAAAGUCGAAGAGGUGCAAAAACGUAUCAAAGACACUCGUGCGCGUAUCACUAUGAAAUCGGAAGAAUUACAAAUGAGGCGGGACGGUCUGGCUAAUGCAAAUGAAGUGGGCAAUGCGCUUCGGAUACAAGCUAGUGAGCUUGGAGAUAAAAUCGACUCUUUGAGAUCUGAGCGUGAUUCGCUUCUUCCCAAAAUCCAUCGCAUCCGAGCAUCUCACAUCCAAAUACUCGACAAUUUGUUCCCCAUUCAGCCAUCAGACCCAUCUAUCCUUCUGUAUACAAUUCUUGGAGUUCCCCUUCCAAUCCCAUCAUCCGCCAAAGAUCCUGCACCCCCCAUUUCUUUACCCGCCCACAAGGUGGAUGAACGAACAACAGCGGCGGCUUUGGGAUAUGCAGCGAUGGUGGUACAGAUUCUGGGAAAUUUGAGGGGUCAAGCUGGAACGUUACCAUAUCCCAUCACUUGCGCAGGGAGCAAGAGUGCAGUAAAGGAUGUGGUUAGUGUGAUGCAAGGACCGAGAUCUUUCCCACUAUACGCUAAAGGUGUAGAAAGGUACCGAUACGAAUACGGCGUUUUCCUGUUGAACAAGAACAUCGAAGUGCUCAUGCAAGAUGCCAACAUUCGUCUAUUGGAUUUGCGUCAAACCCUUCCAAACCUCAAAAAUCUUCUCCUGAUGCUCUCUUCUCCCGUAUAUACACCGACACCCAGACACCAAACGUCAUUUACUGGUUCAGGUAUAUCUACAUACGGUAGCUUAAGAAAGUCUUCGGGUGCUUGGCUUCAUCAGCGAAAUAAUAGUGUGGGGCUGUCCUCCCCAUCCAGCUCUGUUGGUAAAGAUAGCCCAUUGAGCAUCUCGACUCGGGGCGCUACCGGAGUUGUCGCAGCGCCUAGUACCCCAAACAAAAGAGGAAGAAGCGUGAGGAGAUCCAUGUUGUCUCAAAAUCGAAUGGAGAGGGAGGUUGAUUUGGGUAGUACGGGCAGUGAUGAGUCGGAACUGUAUGAAAAAGAAGGAGACAGUGAAGCGCCGGCUGGACAGAAAAUUAUAGUAUAACAGUAAUGAGUUGUUGCAUUUACUUUGAC